AUGGCUUCUGCUUCUUACAUGGAGGAUUUGACUUGUUCUAUCUGUUUGACUAUCUUCACUGAUCCGGUGAGCCUUCUCUGUGGCCACUCUUUCUGUAGAGAAUGUAUCACAAACUCUCUGAGCAUAAAGGACCAGUGUCCACAGUGUCGGACAACUGUUCCAAAAGAGGAGAAAUACUUCCCAACAACAAGCCACAUUCUGAAAAGCCUUGCUGACAAAGCCAAAGAAGCUGAGAAGAUAAAGACAGAACAGGGAGAUGAGACCACAGGGGUUGCUCAGUUCUUGUGCCCUGAGCAUGAAGAAAAGCUGAAACUGUUCUGUGAAACAGAUCAACAAUUAGCCUGCGUCAUAUGCCGAGAUGGGGAGAGGCAUGAUGGACACAAAUUUAAACCAACCAAAGAAGCAGCGACAUCCCGGAGGCGGGAGUUGGAGAAGGGUAUGGAGCACUUUUCUGAUGAGAUCCAUGCCAUAGAGAGCUUAGCCAAUACACAGAGAGAAGAAAUAACAAAAACCCAUGUGACGUACCAGCAGCUGAUGACCCAAAUCAGCACCCAGUUUGAGGAGAUGCAUCAGUUUCUGAGAAAGAGAGAAGAGGAGAUAAAGAAUGAGCUAAAGGAGAAAGAGAGAGAGGCUGUAGAGGAGAUGACUGAGAAGUUAAAAGUAAUGGACCUGGUGUUGUCUGAGAGUAGAGAGCUGCAGGUGAAGAUGACAGCAGCUCUGGAAAUUUCCGACUCAGUGAAGUUCUUGCAGAGCUGGACUGAAGUGAACAACAUGCUGACUCCAGAGUGUUUGUUCAGGCCCAGAGCAAAUGAUCUGCAGGUGGUCCGCACUUCUCUGAGUUUGGGCCCUUAUGAAAGUCACCUGCAGUUCUUUGUAUGGAAGGAGAUGCUUCAGGUGGUCAAGCCCCGGGCAGAGCUGCUCUCACUGAGAAGUUACAGAAGGGAUUUAACUGUGUCGGAUGACGGGCGCAGUUUGCUUUGUAUGCCCAAUAAAAGACUUACUAAAUCAGAUUACGUUGACUUUUCCCCAAAGUUUGUCAAUCAGAGAGCCUUUGACAGAUAUUUGCCUUCAAGAACAUCACACUGUAAGCCUGAUUAUAAAACACUGACUGAUAGACACUUCAAGUUAAGGAUGCAUAUUGUUGAUGAGUCUGAUGCUAGAGAACAUUCAUUCAGUGUCAAUGAGUUCACCUCAGGGCAGCAUUACUGGGAGACAGAGGUUGGAAAAGGGGAUUACUGGGAAUUAGGGGUGAAAGGUCAUUUCCUCAAGUAUGAUGGCCAAAAAUAUGUCAUCUCCAAUCAGUCUUCAGAAACAGAGCUAACAUUUACAGAUAGACCUCGAAAGAUUGGGAUUUACCUAAACUGCUCCUCCAAGGAGCUUUCCUUCUACGAUGCAGACAAGAUGAAACAUGUUCAUACUCUGAGCUCAAGUCUCAUGUCCCUGCCAGUGUCAGCUUAUUUUAACAUUGGACACAGUGAGGACAUAGAUCGUAACCCUCUGACAGUGUGCUGGUACUGA